AUGGCUACCACACCUCAUGACACCAGCCGAAGAAUUGACCAGGCCAUAGACUCUCUCAAUGCUCUCUGGGAUCUCGGGCUCCCAAGAUUGCAUGGAGUAGAUGCCGAUCUAGCCGACGAAACAGGUCGCUUAGCAUCGAGAUGCUCCAAGAGGAUCAGAUUCUUGUGCUACAGAGCAGCCGACAUCGAAGCCAUUCUCGCAGACUUCAAUCAGAAUGCCCGGCAGAUUCAUUCAGAAUGGGUUUUCAAGCCUUCACAAGAGCGAGGCACUCUGCCAGUCCUUCCUCAGAGUAAGAGUCUGGUGGAACGCGACUUUCGAAGCAAACACAAAUCUGGCGCCGUGCGACUGUCAGACACGCAGCGACAUCAAUUGCAGGAACGCCUGUUCAAGAUCUUGGAUGACAACUACGAGUUGGCAAAGAUGACCCGUACCUAUUCGACUGAAAGGGCUUCCUCAGCGUCCUUCAUCACGGCACCAUUUGAAGAUCCUCAGCUCAAGAAUCCCAUGACAAAGUCGAGCAAGCGCACGCUGGAGUCUCCUGAUGGGCAAAACAAGCGGCAGUACCGACAGCAGACAUUGUCUCAAUUUCUAUCAUUCAAGCCUCUACCUGCCUCUCACGUUCAAGCCAGCGUUGCUCCCGCCGCCCCAUACACCAGUUUCGAGACUGCGCCAUCUCCUGCAGUGUCUUCGGUUUUCACGACUCCAGAAGAACAGGACGCACCAAAUCUCUCGAAUGCGACCUCAAUGCUUAGUCCGCAAGACGAAGAGUCCCAAGAUCUGUUUCCGACACAAGAUGUCAUGGAAUUCGAUCAGGACGAGGACUUCCGAAAGUCGUAUCAUGAAGCAUGUCUCCCCUCAGCCGCAAUCGAUUCGACAGACCUUCUUCGGAACACUCCUUUCAAAGUACACGCUAGGCUACCAGGGGAGCUCCCCUUCUGGUAUAGCUGGGAACUCCAUCGCCUCGCCCCAUCAGCUGGCCUCAAGCCGGUUGAGCUGGACCAGAUGGUUCGGCAAGAGCGCGGAAAGGAUGACCCAUUAGGUGCCAACUUGUACGAUACAGUCAAGAAGAUGCACCAGAGGAAAGACCAACGAUCGCUGCCUGCGAGGUCGGAGUUGCCGACCUGGAUGACCUCGCAGAACAGAUACUGGGACGAGCAAACAAACAAGGUUGGGUAUUUCACGGCUGCCCUGGAAUGGAGUGAUGACCCAUCUCAAGGGCUAUUCCAGUUGCGACUCAACCCAGUCCAGUUGGAGCAAUCGUGUCGCCUCCACCGAAAGUUUGGCGCCGAUAGGUUUAUUGUGCUCUCCACUCCAGUCUUUUCUAGACCACCAGAGAACGUUCGAUUACUUGACAAGGGCAAUGGCGCGCUGCAUGAAAAGAUCAUCAGCUUCCUGACGUCGAACCAACAUUUUGUCGCGGGCCGCUACUGGAGAACUUGCUUUGUGCUAGACGAAACGCAGGAAACAAAACUGAAGAAGUCGAGUAACAGGAUCGUUCUGUUUGCGGAAACUGGGUAUGACAUGCAUCAGCGUGCUCCUGCCCAUCUUGGCGCCUUCGCAUUGAAAGAUGGCAUGCCACACCCACAGAUCAUGCUGGAAGAUUUGAUGCAGUGGCACAUGCCAAUAGAAGCCAACCACAAGUCGCCGGAGCUCAAACUCUUCUCGAGAUGGGCUCUUGGCUUCUCGAAGACGAUUCCUACUGUGGAACUCAAACCACACGAAUUUCUCCACUUGCCCGACAAACUGGGCAACGAAGCAGUCGAAGAACCCGGCGGCAAAUGGGCGCGUCAAGUCAUGAACGAUGGCUGUGCCCUGAUCUCGUACCCACUGGCAAAAGCCAUUUGGGCGGCUUCUGGCGGUGCCGGCGAAGUGCCUUCGGCCGUCCAAGCACGCGUUUCAGGAGCGAAGGGAUUGUGGAUCGUAGAUUACCAAGGGAGGUUCCCUGAUGUCAGUCAGCGAGGGUUUUGGAUCCAGGUUUCCGACUCCCAAUUGAAGAUUAAACCUCAUCCUCGGGAACGACUUGAUGCCGACGCCACUCAGCGUACCUUCGAGGUGUUAAAAUUUGCCCAAGACUGUAUCGAAACUCGCUUGAACCGGCAGCUGAUUACCGUCCUCGACGACAGAGGCGUGCCACGCAGCGUGCUCAGAGAUGCGUUGGAAGAAGACAUUAGAUUGUACUCGGAAUCCCUGACCAACGCAAUGUCCGACCCCCAACGCCUGCGGCUGUGGAUGCAGGAGUACGGCUAUUCUUCUCCGUCCCAACAUGUCAAAUUCUUGGGGUCGCUUCCGGACGGCAAGCAGCACCAAAUGAAGCUGCUGCUCGAGUCAGGCUUCCACCCGUUGCGUUGCGAGCAGCUCGUGGUAUGUGCUAAACACUUGCUCAAAGACCAUAUGACCCGUUACCUCGAGAAGUUGUCCAUCAAGCUGCCAUAUUCUACUAUGGUCUACUGCGCCCCUGACCCAUAUGAUGUUCUAGACGAGGACGAAGUGUUCCUGAGUUCCUCGACUCCUCUCGUUGACCCACGAACGGGGAUCGGCGAGACCGCGCUUGAUAAUAUUAAGGUACUGGUGGCUCGCAACCCGGCACUUCUGGCUUCUGACAUACAGCUGAGAAAAGCUGUUUACAAGCACGAGCUGCGGAAUUACAAGAACGUCAUCUUGUUCUCAACACGGGGUAACAAGUCGACAGCAGCGCUUCUCUCGGGUGGUGACUAUGAUGGUGACACGGUUACUUGUAUCUGGGACCCCAGGUUUACCGAGCCAUUCUGCAAUGCCGAGAUGCCACGAAUGCCCACACAAGCAGAAUGCAGCAUGGUCAACAAGUCCUGCCCACUAUCAGAUAUCUUUCAUGGUGGUCGGUAUGAUGCCCAAUCGAUGCCGAAUUUCCUACAGCGCUGUCUCUCUUUCAAUACCAAGGAAGGUUUUCUAGGGACCUGUGCCAACGAGUGGGAGAAGCUCGUAUACUUCCUCAGUCGAGAACAACAAAGUGCCAAACUGUCACAAGCGGGUGCAAUCAAACUUGCCGCGCUCGCUGGCUAUUUGGUGGAUAGCCGCAAGCAAGGCUGGUCCAUCAGCGAGACAGACUGGUACUCAUUCCGCAAGACCGCCACCGGCCUUUUGAGAUUGUCUUCACCUGGCUACAAAGAAGGCAAGGCUCCCCCCAAAACUGCAGCGACUCAUCUCAACGUGAUCGACUACCUUACAUUCGAUGUUGCAGAAAGUGAGAAGGACAAGGUGCUGGCAGAUAUGCAGGCCCGCCGAAACCAGGCAGCAACAUAUGAUAGGGAUCUCAGUCAAUUCUGGAGAAAAGAGGAGGAAAAGAUGAGAAUGGAGCAGGAUGAGUUGAAGGCGAGGCGACUGCCGCACGCUGAUGUCUCCGCGUACGGUCAAGGCACGCCUACGCUCUAUGAUAUGUUGAAGGGUGAGGACGGGCUGCACGGUCACAUAACCCGGUUGCAGGAGACAUGGGAGAAAUUUCGUACUCCGCCUGACACUAGCUUCAACUCCCAGAGGGGACACACGAAAGAUGUCGACUAUGCUGCUUCUCUUCGGGUGGUUUACGAGCAGUUCAAAGCCAUCGAGCCGAAGAAGGUCAAUCAUCGGCUGCGGCUGCGGUACGAGGAGGAGGAAGAGGACCAGCAUCCCUUCGCAUACUGGACACUUCUCCGGGCGUCGUGUCUUUAUACGUCGCUUACCACCGGCAGACGGAGUUUCCCGGGUUGGGCAUGGCAAGUCGCCGGGCACGACUUGUGCGUCCUCAAGAUGCUCCGCUACAACGGCAAAGUCAUGCCUAUGGUGGCGGAAAUCCACGGACUGUUGAGAGUCGAUACGAAAUUCACCAAGCGGCUACUCGAACGCGGCGACAACGAUGACGACGGGCUUGCCGAAGAUGCCGACGAAGAUUUCGUUGAAGACGUGACCAGGGAGUUUGGUUGA